GGCCUAGUACUGCUGUUCUGAAAUUGCUGUAACAUACGGCUGCAGUGACAGUCUCUCGUCGUUUCCGGUGUCGUCAUCUUCAGAAGCGCCUGGCUGCUUAGCAACCAGGAUCCGAGGUCAAUAACAGAUACACAGAGAAGUGAAAACCAUGCGUCGCUCAGCUGCCAAAUCACGGGCCGAUAAAAGCCGCACUGAUUCCGUCCCAGUUAGUGCUGCUCCGCUCGUCCAGCCCAUUGAGACCGUGGACAUUGUACCGGGCCUCCUGACCGAGUCCACCUGGACCAGCAUGCUCACCAAGGAGGAGGGUGAGGAGGUGGUGGUGGACAUUAUAGCAGAACUAAUGGAACGAGUAAUGGACAGAUGUUAUCAGGUGUAUCUAAAAAGUCAGUUGAUACCCUUCUCAGUUUGGUGGGCACAAAACAACCUGGUGGAGACGAUAGAAUGUCUUCUGCUGAUGAGAGAUGAGGGGGAUGAUCCAGAACAUGAACCCUUUUGGCAAGAGGACCCAGAACCUCAGCCUUGUGCUAUUGAUUCUUGGGCUGAGGGAUGUGUUCCUGUUUUGCAUGCUGCUCAGCAAUAGCACAGUGCUUUACUGCAGGAAUGAGAAGAACUACACCACCUCCAACCUGCUACGACUCAAGACCAACAGAGUGAUGAUACCAAAUUAUUCACAAAAUCUGGAGAAAGUCUGACUUCAUCAAAACCACACACAUACGCAAAGAUCUCAAAGGAAGCAAAUCUCUUAUCCUCUAAGGACACAAUCGCCUCCAUUGCUUGCAAUAUUUAGUCCUCAUUCACUGAAGAGCUGAAAAAUUUCAUUUGGGUCUUUCUGCCUCAAAACACUGACUCAAACACAGUUUGGGCCUGAGGUGAGGAAACAGGGACUCCAUCAGAUCCAAAUACUCAUAGACUGAUGUUGUAGCCCUUAGACCACAGAUGGUAACAGACAGUGUGACCUAAGGCUGGCAUAUAAAGUAGUGCAUCAACAUGCAUCAAACUGGUAAAAAUUGACACAUGUUGUUAUGGUGAUUAUUUUAAAGUGUUUAAAAUGUUUUAAAUUUCAUAAAUUUGAGACUGUGAUGAUGACUUGUUUUAACACAAGGUAUGUUAGUUGAUUCUGUCAUCAUUUACUCACCCUCAAGUUGUUUCACACCUGUAUGAGUUUCUUUCUUCUGCUGAACACAAAAGAAGAUAUUUCGAAGAAUGUGGGUGAACAGUUCUUUUUUGGGGAACUAUCCCUGUAAUAUAUUAUCAUAUGGUUAACACGGUAUAUACAUAAACAAAAACACAAGGAUUAUAGUUUUUGAUUGCUUGUUAAAUGCUGUUUCUUUACAGAAACCAUUUUUAAAAUACUGCAACAUGAAUUUAAAUGUAUGUUUAUUUGCAUAUUCUAUAAUAUGCAGAUGACAUGCAGGGGAAAGAUAUUCCCUUGUUUUAGCUAAAUCAUGCCAAAACAGCAAUAUUUAAUAAACAAAAACUACUAAAAUGACAAAAGCUCAUUAUGAAAUGACUAAAAAAUAAACUAUAAUGAAACUAUAAUAACACAAAAUAAAAACUAACACUGAUCUGAUUCCCUCAGGAUACUUUUUGUCUAGUGUACUUAAAGUGGACGAGUAAUGCAAUCGACAGGAACAACAGUUUUCAUGGGAACCUCACUAGAACUCAAGGAAAAUGUGUUUUUAUAUACAGACGUCUAUGAAAAGAUAAAAAAUAUCAGUAAGGACUGAUAAAUAUUCAGUAAACAAAAUCAGAUUUAUUACAGCAUUACACUGAAACCCCAUUUGAGAAGUGUGGUGAAAUGUAUAUGUGUGCUAUAAGAAAAAAAAAAUGCUUGUAAGUUGUUUUGACACAUCUGAAGUAACCACAAAAACUGUGUAUGUAGAUGGAGCCUAUUACUGCUUCAAACCUAGAAAACCAGAUGACAAGAAAAUUGGUUUAAUGGUUUCAAAAGCUCAAUAUGCUCGCCUCAGAUCUCAUCCCAAAUUUCCAGACUCAGUAUAAAAGUCGACAUAAUAUUAAAAACUAUUGCAAAAUGAAUAUUGCAUGACUGCCUCAUUUUGAUCAAAUGAGUUUUCGUUCAGGUAAAUAUGCAACAAACAUUGUAGAUAAAUAGUAUUAUUCAACCAGAUCAUGUUCGUAAAACCUACUCAGAAAUUUGUUUUAAAUCAUAUACA